AUGGUAGAAGCUGGUCGAUUAUUGUAUAUUCGCACCAAUCAAAUAUCUUUAAGGUGUGGAGCUUAUCAGGGAUUGUCUGAUGCAUUAACACGAGGUGAUGUUGAUCCCGGUCAUCAUGGUAAACGAGUUAUUCUUCAUUCUAGCUUUACUGGUGAGGCUAGGUAUAUGAUUCAGAACUAUCAAGAUGCCUUGGCGAUUUGUGGAUGGAUUGAUUAUCCUAAUUUAUUUAUUACAUUUACAUGUAAUCCAAAGUGGCCUGAAAUAGAGAGGUAUUUGGGAGAGCGACAUUUGAGUGCUAUUGAUCGACCUGAUAUCAUAUGUCGCUUAUUUAAAAUGAAAUUGGAUGUGUUGAUUAGGGAGAUCCGUUCUGGAUUAGUUUUUGGUAAUGUAACUGCAGUUAUUUAUACUGUUGAGUUCCAAAAAAGAGGACUUCCGCAUGCCCAUAUAUUGAUAUUUCUGGGCCAAGAAGAUGGUCAAGCUUUAUGUCAAAAUAUUGAUACUAUCAUUUCAGCUGAAAUUCCAAAUAAGGAAGUAGAUAGUGAGUAUUAUAAGGUUGUUGAGGAGUUUAUGAUUCAAGACUCUUCAAAUUUUGAUCAAAAUGGUUAUCCCAUUUAUAGACGAAGAGAUGAUGGAAGGUUUGUUACGAAAAAUGGAAUUGAGCUGGAUAACAGAUUUGUUGUGCCACAUAACAAAUAUUUGUUGCUUAAAUAUAGAGCACAUAUCAAUAUUGAGUUGUGUAACCAGUCCCGUUCUAUCAAGUACUUAUUUAAGUAUGUCAACAAGAGGCAUGAUCGAGUUACAACUCAUUUUUACAAAAGUUCCGAUGAUUUAGAGAAAGGUCAAGUUGUAGAUGAGAUAUCUAUGUUCUAUGAUUUUCGUUACAUAUCUGAUUGCGAAGGAACAUGGCGUUUAUUCGGAUUUGACAUUCAAUUCACAGUUCCUGCAGUUGAGAGGUUGAGUUUUCAUUUGCCUAAUCAACAAUUAGUUGUUUAUGGCGAUGAUGAUUAUGUUGAUAAUAUUUUGAGUCGCCCGAGUGUUGGAGAAAGUAUGUUUUUAGCUUGGUUUGAAGCUAAUAAAAAUUUUGCAGAAGCUAAAGAGUUAACUUAUGGUUUUGGUGAAAUUUAUUAUCUAAGGUUUUUGUUGAACUUGGUUCGUGGUGCAACAUGUUAUGAAGAUCUUCGUAUUGUUGAUGGGGUGCAGUAUAGUUCGUUUCGAGAUGCAUGCUAUGCCCGUGGUUUAUUAGCAGAUGACAAGGAAUAUGUUGAUGCGAUUAAUGAAGCAAGUAAAUGGGCAUCUGCAACUUCUAUGAGGAGACUAUUUGUGACUAUGCUUACUUCAAACGUUCUUAUUCGACCAGAAGUUGUUUGGGAGGUAGUAUGGAUACUCUUAGCUGAAGAUGCGGAGUUUAACCAACGGAAACUACUAGAUAAACCAGGUCUAAUCCUAACAGAUGAAGAAAAGGCUAACUAUGCUUUGGUGGAAAUUGAAAAGCUUUACGUGUAUUGGGAAAAAAGACAUGUCUAUGACACAGUUCUUAGUGAUGUUGUGAAUGCUGGGUGUGGUUUAUUUUUUGUUUAUGAGUACGGAGGAACGGGUAAAAUCUUUGUUUGGAAAACAUUAUCAGCUGCUCUGCGUUCUGAGGGUCACAUCGUCUUAAAUGUCGCCUCGAGUGGUAUUGCUUCUCUACUUUUGCCAGGUGGUUGA